CCCCGAGCUCCCCCCUGGCACCUUCUUCCUUCUGUUGCUCUGCCUGUCCACACCACAUCCAGCCAGCAAAGAUGAUCACCACCAUCGCCCGCUCCGGCCUCCGCCUCCGCGCUACCCCCAGCCUCACCCGCUCCGUCUCGGUCUGGGCCAACGUCAAGGCCGGCCCCCCCGACGCCAUCCUCGGCAUCACUGAGAAGUUCAAGGCCGACACUGACCCCAAGAAGAUCAACCUCGGUGUCGGUGCCUACCGUGACGGCAACGGCAAGCCCUACGUCCUCCCCUCGGUCUCCAAGGCUGAGGAGAUCCUCUUCAAGGAGAAGCUCGACAAGGAGUACCUCCCCAUCACUGGUCUCGCCUCGUUCGACAAGCUCGCUACCGAGCUUGCUUACGGUGAGGACUCGGCUCCCAUCAAGGAGAACCGCCUCGCCGUGACCCAGUCGCUCUCGGGCACCGGUGCCCUCCGCAUCGGCAUGGAGUUCAUCGCCGAGCACUACCCCAACAAGUCGAUCUACCUCCCCACUCCCACCUGGGGCAACCACAACGCUAUUGCCAAGCGUGCCGGCCUCACCGCCGAGAAGUACCGCUACUUCGACCCCGCCACUGUUGGCCUUAACUUUGAGGCCCUCAAGGAGGACAUCAAGGCCGCCCCCGAGGGCUCGGUCAUCCUCCUCCACGCCUGUGCCCACAACCCCACUGGUGUCGACCCCACCCAGGAGCAGUGGAAGGAGCUCUCGCAGAUCUUCAAGGAGAAGAAGCACUUCCCCUUCUUCGACAUGGCCUACCAGGGCUUCGCCUCGGGUGACCCCGUCCGUGACGCUUUCGCCGUCCGCUACUUUGUCGAGCAGGGCCACCAGAUCCUCCUCUGCCAGUCGUUCGCCAAGAACCUCGGUCUCUACGGCGAGCGUGUCGGCACCCUCUCGCUCGUGACGGCCUCGCCCGAGGAGAAGGCUCGCGUCGACUCGCAGAUCAAGCUCCUUGUCCGCCCCGCCUACUCGAACCCCCCCGUUCACGGUGCCCGCCUCGUCUCGACCAUCCUCUCCAAGCCCGAGCUCAAGGAGCAGUGGCUCGGCGAGGUCAAGGAGAUGGCCGACCGCAUCAUUGCCCUCCGUGAGAAGCUCUACAACAAGCUUGUCGAGCUCAAGACCCCCGGCGAGUGGGGCCACGUCAAGUCGCAGAUUGGCAUGUUCUCGUUCACCGGCCUCAAGCCCGAGCAGGUUGACCAGCUCGCCGAGAAGUACCACAUCUACCUCACCCGCGACGGCCGUAUCUCGAUGGCCGGCCUCAACGACAACAACAUUGAGUACUUUGCCGAGUCGGUCUCCAAGGUCGUCAAGGGCGAGUAA